AUGACUCAGCACAGCUACCCGUACGAGCCUCUUAAAACGAAAGAUUCCUUUCGUGUCCUCGAGCUUCUUCCUGGAAUCUUAGAUGACCCUUUACAAUGUCGGAUUCGAGAGACAAUAUGGAGCCCAGACACCAAAUACGAAGCUUUAUCGUACGUUUGGGGACCACCAAUUUUUCCGAUGUCCAUGGAGGAGACCAGUUCAGUGUCGAUUUUGUGGAUUACUGAGAAUCUGUUCCACGCUCUGCGAAUUCUGCGCUACAAACAUAUGCGUCGCACUCUAUGGGUUGACGCUAUAUGCAUUAAUCAAUCAGACAACGUCGAAAAGGGGCACCAAGUUGCGCUGAUGGGUAACAUCUAUCGCAAGGCACAAUCUGUCGUGGUGUGGCUCGGCAGA